GAAAUUUUGAACUUGAUAUAAAAUAAAAUAAUUUAGAUUAUCAUGGCUGACGCAGGAAGUUUAAAAGAAGCUAUUGCACAAUAUGAACAGCAGCUGACUCAAGUUCAAGCAACCUUAUCUACGACUACGCAAGAAACUGAUAGGGAUAAUUUGUUAAGUUUACAGUCAGAUAUCCAAGAACUUAUUAACUUAACAAAAGAAAGCUUACAGAGUGUUGAAAUGGCUAAUGUAGGAAACACGUCUAAAUUAGAGGAUUCAAGUAACGAAGAUGAAGAUCCAUUGGCAAAAGAAUAUGCCUUGUUUAAGGCAGAACUGGAGAACACUUCAAAUGAUUCUCAAAACAGUGAACUGGAUAGACAAGAUGGUGACUCCAAUAAUAUAGAAGAAGAGUUGAGGCAGCUAGAAGGUAUGAAAUGUAGAGCUCCUCAUGGUAGCAGUUGGGGAGGUAUCGGUUAUCAUAAUGCUAUGGUAUCCUCUGUUUAUCAGAAUGACGAUACAGAAAUAAAAAAUAUGCAAGAUAUAAAGGUCAGGGUACUUUUUCUAAAUCCAACGCAUAGAGAGAUGCUUCCAUGUCCUUAUUACUUAGAUGGAAGAUGUAAAUUUUCUGAUGAGGAUUGUAACUUUUCACAUGGUGAACUAGUACCAUUAUCUAGCAUACAAGAAUAUAGAGAGCCUGAUUUUCAGAGUAUAAAAAUGGGUAGUAGAGUACUAGCAAAACAAAAGAAUGAAUUAUGGCACAGGUGUGUUGUAUUAAAAAUACCAGAUAAAGAAGGUGAUCCCUUUAGAGUUAAAUUUGAAGCAACUGGUAACAUCAUAGAAGUUGGUUUACAACAUCUUUUACCUCUUGGUGAUGCAGACUUGGAAAUGUCAGACACGUCUGAUGAUGCUGACAGUGAAAAUGACCUGACAGAGUAUUCCAGGGACCAAGUAAUUCACACAUCUCUUCUCUCGGUAGAAAGUAACGCGCCAAUAGGAAAUUGGGAGAAACAUACACGUGGUAUCGGUAGUAAAUUAAUGGCUCAGAUGGGAUAUGUAGUAGGAACGGGUCUUGGAAAACGAUCAGAUGGUAGAAUAGAACCUGUUGAAGCAACAGUAUUGCCAGCUGGGAAAUCAUUAGACCAUUGUAUGGUACUGCGAGAAAAUGCAGGAGGAGAUAAAAAUUUAUUUUCAGUUGAACGUAGAAUGCAAAAACAACAACAAAAAUUAGAACAACAAAGAGAAAGACAAUAUCAAAGGGAGAAAGAGCGAGCACAAAAUAACGUAUUUAACUUCAUAAAUGCAACUUUAGGCGAUAAACCUAAAACUGAAACACAGAAAACUAUUUCAAAAAAUAAAAAUAAUCUUAAAGCAGAGUCUAACCGACAGUUAAAUGUAGCAAGUUUCCAAAUUGGUGAAAAUAUUUUAAGAUUAGAAAAGGAAUCGACGAAGUUGAAAGAAUCAUUGACAAAACAUGUAAAGGGAAGCGUUCAUUACAACAACAUCAUGAUGAAAUAUAACGAAAAACAAAAAGAACUCGUUGGUCUAAGAGCAUCCCAAAAAAGUAUUGCUGCUGAACAAAAUCAACGAAAAAAUAGAGCUAAACUGUCUAUAUUUUGAUGUAUAUAUAUUUGCAAUUUUACCUUUCCACAGAAUAUUAGAUCAUAAGAAGUAAUUAUCUAUGUAUAAAAAUUAAUAAAUAAACAUUAAGAUUA